UUGUCUGAAAAACAGUCUAUUACAUCUCAGUUGCUUCAUGUGCAGCAGCAGAUCAGUGAUUUAGCGUUUUGCAAUUAUCGUACUUAUGCGGAUGCUGGGAGUACUACCGAGCAUUGCAGGAAAAAGGUUAAUUUUGACGAUGAAUUAGUCGACUCAAUAGAUUCUGAAAUUAACGGAUUACAAGAGUGUCUGGGUAGCUUCCGUGGAAAAAACGCGAAAAUCAACCAAGAAAUUGCUGCCUUGGAGUCGGCCGAAUCAAAAGAGUCGCCAUUAUGGGACAUCUUAAGUUUGCCAUCGCGUAUGGAUGUUUGUAUACGUGCUGGAUAUUAUGAGGAUGCGUAUUUGCUGACUAAUUAUGGUAUGCAGUUGCAACAACAUGGGCUUACUAAUAACCCCUUGAUCAAGGUCGUCUCUGACAAGUUAGUUGAGGCUCGCCAUCACCUUUUAAAUGAGCUAUUUAAUCGUUUUGCCGGUCCGAUAGAUCUUGCGAGCAGUAUACAAGUAGUAAAUAAUAUCAGAAAAAUCCCUUGCCUUUCCCCAACACAGUUACGGGUUUCAGUACUUCACUACCGUGAUUUAUUUCUCGAAAAACAAGUUAUGAAUAUUCGUUCUCAGCCUGAUUUUAUUCUUCGUAUGGUUGAGAUAUAUCGGGAUUGUAUGUACGAUACAAUGGUGAUGCAUUUGGCUGUCUUUCCAGAAAACGAAUCUUUGAAACGUGAUCCAAACGUUGACCCUAGGUGGGAUGUGUGGCAACCUGCGGGCCCAUCAGCAGUUCUUUCAGAAUGGACUUUGCACAAUCUUGAAACAAUGUUUGGUUACAUAAGGCAAUCUUUCAGAAAUUCUUUAUCUUCAAAGCUGAUGAGCUUUGCUGCAUCUUUUGGACGGAUGGGAGUUGAUUUUCGACCAAUGGUUGCUAACAUUAUUCGUGAGCACGUUUCAAAAAGGUUCUCGAAUACUGUGAUGGCUCUGUAUUCAAGGUUUACCGAGUGUGAAACCAUAGCAAUAGAUGGGGAUCUUCCUAGUGAACUUACUGCAUUAUGUCCUGUUUCCAAAGCGCAUCCAGCUCCUCCUGUUGCUCUUACUUUUUGGGAUGACUUAUGUGUCUAUGGAAAUGCUCUUAUUGAAGCAAUGAACCAAUUAAGGAACGGUCUCUCGCCCAUAAUGGUUAGUUAA